GUUCCAUUAUUUUUUUUUAUACUGGUCGGAGUUAUUUCCGUAUUGAGUUCACAAUCAGAUGAUUUGUUUUUGUUUCAUGUCAUUCGGCUAACUAUAAUACAUUGCUUAUACAAUUUCUAUGUCAAAGUGAAAUUUCACCAUGAACGUAAUUUUAGCUGUUAAACAGUAUAUAAGUAAAAUGAUAGAGGGGUGUGGAGGAGGAAUGAAAGUACUCCUUAUGGAUCGAGAGACGGUAGGGCUGUAGGUCUAAACUAAAUCAAAAUCUAAAAAAUUAGGCUCAUAUUAUAAUUACAUUAUUAAUAUUUUUAAAAUUAUUAAUAGUUUAGUUAGGCCUAUUAACUAUUUAUUUUUUUGUGAUUGUUAUUAUAUAAUAUAAUGUUAAUGUGAAUCCUGCCCUAGACCUAGGCUAAGCCAAGCCUAAUUUAUACUUAUUUUAUAUGUGAAAUAUGUCGCUAUACUUAUACUAUAUAUGAAAUUGAAUAUGCCUUAUUUAACUUAUUACUUAUUAUUAGUAUUAGCUAUUAGGAUAUAAUAUAAAUAAUAUUAGUAGUAGUCGAUUCAAAAUAAACGCAGAGCAUUCCAGUUUUUCCCAGUCUUUUUUCCACACUCACAGUACCCACAGCCCACAGUCGCACACCCACCAUUACCCCAUUAGUAUACUAUUAGCACCUAAAAAAGGGUUUAAAGAUAUGUUUAGCAGCAUUACAACUUAUCACUUGAUAUUCUCAGUCUAACAUGCCCCUCCCCCCACCCCAACCCCACCUCCUAGACCAGUCGUUCUCAACCUGUGGGUUGCAACCCCUUUGGGGGUUGAACAACCCUUACACAGGGGUCGCUUAAGACCUGUGGGUUGCAACCCCUUUGGGAGUUUUUUAUGGUGGAUUAGCGGACUGGCCCGUACCGAUAGCCAGCCAAGGAAACAGCGCACAUGCGCAGAGAGACUGGACAGAGAGUGUGUGUUUAUGAACCGUGUUCCGGACGCAAGCAGAAAGUCAACACCUGAUUGAGAACUUGUAUUUAUGUAUAUAUAUGUUUAUGUUACUUGUUUGAAAUAAAAACAAUGAAAACAUAACAAAAUGGUGGCCAGUAUGGGGAUCACAGAAUCAACAAAACAGUAUGAUGUUAACUCAAUACAAAACUCAUUACAACCGAGUGAUAGUUUGAUACGCACGAGUGAGUUCACGGAACGGAGGAGGUAAAUACACAAUGGAGUCAAAUCUGACCCAAGCUGACAUAAUCCAGAAGCUCAUACAGCAGAACGAGCUACUUUUGACACUAGCAACAGGUAAUAAGGCUACUAAUAUGAAGUUUACACAUUUCAAUAGUAACGAGGAAACGUUCACAGACUACUACGCUAGAUACGUUAACUUCGUGUUGGCAAAUAAUGUGCCAAAGGAAAGGCAGGCACAAAUUUUUUUAACAAUCCAGACGCCAGAGCUGCAUAAAAUGUUAUCAACCAUCGUACAACAAAAAGAACCACCACAAAAUUUAAAUGACUUGAACAUAGAAGAAAUUUAUAGAAUAAUGAUGGAUCAAUUUGACCCCACCAAAUUUGUAAUCAGAGAAAGGUUCAAAUUUUGGUCCGAUUCUAGUAGAAAACCGGGGGAAACAAUCAAAGAAUUGGCAGCUAGGAUCAGACAGGAUGCAGCGACUUGUGAGUUUAGUAAUAUCAAAAAUCCUCUAGAUGAAGCUUUACGAACAAGAUUCAUGUGCUCUGUAAAGAACGAGGCUGUAUUGAAAAUUUUGUUUCGGAUGAAGGACACUGAACUGUCAUUCAACAAGGCAGUAGAAAUAGCUGUUGAAACAGAGGAGGCAGCGAAAUGUGCCAAAGAAACAGUCCAUGAAGAAACACCUAUCAAUAAAAUUCAGUCACAAAGAAAGAAGCAACAUCAGACAGCAGAGAAAUUUUCUCCAUCUCAAAGACAGGAUUUUCCGAGUGGAACUUGUGGCAGGUGUGGAGUAAGAGGCCAUAAAGGAAAUGUCUGCAGGUACAAAGACGUGAUCUGCCGCUUUUGCCACAAGGGGGGACAUCUAGAAAGAGUUUGUCUAAAUAAUAAAGUGAAUGAACCGAAACCGAUUCAUCUAAAAAGAAUAAGAAGGCAAAACCAAAUAAAAACUAUCCCGCCCAUUAUUCAAGAACUCAUUUUAGAAGGAAAGAGGUUUGCAUUUGAAAUUAACACUGGAGCCGGAGAAAAUUUUAUGUCUGAAUCUGUUUGGCGAAAGCUGGGACAACCCACAUUGAGCCCAGUAUCGGUCAAGUACGAGUCAGCGUCUGGUGACCUACUUAAUGUUUUGGGAAGUGUGCAGAUAAAGGCUGAGGCAGGGGAAAUAACUACAAAUCUGUCUUUUGUAGUGAAAAACCACAACUUAAAUUUUUUGGGAAGAGCCGCAAUAAAGAACCUCAGAUUUCAAUAGACACACUGUUUCAAAGAAAGAUAAAUCACAUUGCUUAUCAAAACUCAUUGAUUAAUGCUCGUGAACAAAUCCGUAAGUCAACUGAACAUUGCAUUUCGGAUUCUCUUAGUCGUCUACCCUCAGGGCCGGAGAGCAUUUUAGAUGUUGAAGAAAGUAAAGCAGACAUGGAUUCUGUAUGUAUGAUCAAACAAAUCAGUUUACAGAUCAGACCAACAGACCCAGGAGCCCUUGCUAAAGAGUCACUUAAAGAUUCUACAGUGUCUACAGUAAUGAGAUAUUGUCAAGAGGGCUGGCCGUCCUCUACAAACAAAGAACACUUGAACAAGGAGGCAGCUAAUAUAGCAGCUUUUAAAAAUAUUCAAGACUCACUCUCCGUGGAGUCGAAUUGUCUAUUUUAUGGUUCAAGAAUUGUGGUACCAAAAAUACUACAAGCUCAAGUUCUCCAAAUCCUGCAUACAGGACAUUUUGGAAUCGAGCGGAUGAAACAGUUAGCAAGAUCAUCUGUAUAUUGGCCCGGACUUGAUACUCAAAUCAUGGAGAUAGGUCGAACAUGCCAAGCAUGUGCAGAACACGCCAGAGACCCAAAUAAAGCAAGAAUCCACCCAUGGAUGUUGCCAGAAAAACCAUGGAGUCGAGUGCAUACCGAUCAUGCCAUUAACUUUAAGGGAUCACAUUGGCUGGUGGAGAUAGAUGCUUAUUCAAAGUACCCGUGUAUCCACAGGACAACAUCUACAUCGACCAAAGCUACCAUUGAUCUUCUGGAGGAAGAUUUUGCUCAUUUCGGCUAUCCACACACCAUAGUCAGUGACAAUGCUACUUGCUUCAUCUCAGAAGAAUUUCAGCAUUGGUGUAAGGAGAGGUGUAUUGUACAUCUUGCAGGCGCUCCCUAUCAUCCUGCUACAAAUGGAGCUGCCGAACGACUGAUUCAAAGUUUCAAGAGUUCACUAAAGAAAUCUUCAUUACCUUUAAAGGAAUCUCUACAAGACUUUCUGCGUCAGUAUCGUAGGACACCAUUGGCAAGUGGAUUAUCACCGAGCCAACUGCUGAACAAUCGACAAAUAAGAACACUUAUUGAUACUCUAGUUCCCUCUCCUGCUCAUCGAGCUCAUCAAGCACAGGGACAACAUCUUAAAGAAAUAGCCGUCCGUAAUGGGACAAACAGAAGUCCUAGUCGAUCAUUAACCGGGGAGAUCCAUGUUACGUCAGAGUAUAUGGAACAGCAACAGACUCUAAACCACGAUGGGCUCCCGGUACAAUCAUCCACGUUAUGGGUCCACGUCCAGGUAAAGAUUUAUCCAAAUGGUCCCAUUUGGAAGAGACAUUUAAACCAACUUCUCCCCAGGUAUGGAGCAGAAGAAGAUUCAGAACCAAGUUUGGAUAUAAUGACAGGAAGUCUUUAUCCAACAGCUCAGGCAGCCCUGAGUCAUCAACCGUCUACACAUCCAGCAACUCCAAGUCCACCUAAGAAGAAGAUUAACCCUCAACAUCCAGGACCUUCAGACUAUGUCAUACCCAGAAGAUCUCAAAGACAACAUCGAGCACCAAUGUUACUGGACUUGUAAUUGUUCGGGGAGGUGUUAUGGUGGACUAGCGGACUGGCUUGUACCGAUAGCCAGCCAAGGAAACAGCGCGCAUGCGCAGAGAUACUGGACAGAGUGUGUGUGUUUAUGAACCGUGUUCCGGGCGAAAGCAGAAAGUCAACACCUGAUUGAGAACUUGUAUUUAUGUAUAUAUAUGUUUAUGUUACUUGUUUGAAAUAAAAACAAUGAAAACAUAACAGGGUUGAACAACCCUUACACAGGGGUCGCCUAAGACCAGGGGUCUCAAACUCGCGGGCCCUUUGCGGCCUGCAAGACGAUAUUUUGUGGCCCGCUACAUGACAGCAAAUUUUGGUAUUAAUGCGGCCCGCGCGUUUUCCCAAUUCACUAGACAAUAUUCUAUGGUGAGUAAGCAGGUGGCGUGAAAGCCCUAUCCUAUUUGAAUUUGUGUCUGCAUAAAGAAUAGACUCAUCAAUAGAACACACGUGUUAUGGGGUCCAAGGGGUAUUGGCAUUGAAGGGACUUUUGCUUUUCUUUGCUGUGUGCUUUCUUUUGGCAUGAGUGGUGCAAUUUUCUUUUACUCUCUGAAGACUGUGCUCCAACAGUGAGUCUACUUUGCCAAACUGUGCAAUCCUAAGCAAGUGUUUCCCAUGAGUUCAGGAUUUGAGAGAAACUUUUGAAAUAUUUGUUCUGCACACCAGCUGAGCAAUUUGCCUUUGGAUCAUUUACAGUGCAUUACUUUAGGCAGUCUUCAAUCUGGAAUUAACAAAGCAUUCGUUUAGGCAGUCUUCAAUCUGGAAAUAACAAUGCAUUAGUUUAGGCAGUCUUCAAUCUGGAAAUAACAAUGCAUUAGUUUAGGCAGUCUUCAAUCUGGAAUUAACAAUGCAUUAGUUUAGGCAGUCUUCAAUCUGGAAUUAACAAUGCAUUAGUUUAGGCAGUCUUCAAUCUGGAAUUAACAAUGCAUUAGUUUAGGCAGUCUUCAAUCUGGAAUUAACUAUGUAUUAGUUUAGGCAGUCUUCAAUCUGGAAUUAACUAUGUAUUAGUUUAGGCAGUCUAAUACAUAGUUAAUUCCAGAUUGAUUAGUUUAGGCAGUCUUCAAUCUGGAAUUCUUGCAGUGUGUCCAGCCCAUCAGGCUUAACCUUUUUGUAAGCAUAUUGUAGGUGCCCUUAUAUUUUAAGAAUGUGUGGAUGCUGAGAAAGCAAGUCUGUUGUAGGAUUUUGUAUCUUAGACUUGUCCUGCCACAGUCUGCCAGGGCUAACAGCAUAGGUGGAGAUGAUUUAUUUAGUUAUCUAGCAUGUCUGCGGUACUGUCCAUGUCUUGCUGGUCUAUAGGAAAGUGGUUAGUAUAAUAGCCUUAUAAACCUUAAGCUAGUUGAUAAGACCAAGAUGUCUUCACCCCAGACACUCCUGCAGAGUUUUCAAAAUACUACACUUGCUUUGUCAAUUCUGUUGUUUAUCUCAACAUCUUUUGUUUUGAUAGGAUGACUUUUAGUCAUAACAUUUACAAUUGUGUUUUGGGAAAGGGGGGGGGGGAGGGAUUGUUUUAGAAAUUAAGAAGAAGUCAUCUUCCAUCUUUUAUGGAAGGCCUUUAGCCUAAAGCUUUUUCUAAGAAACAGCAUAUAUAGGAAAAAUAGCUGUGAAAUUUUGCAAAAGCACUAAAGGCCACUAAAGUUAAAUCUCAAUUUUUUUAAUUCAAUUUAUUUGUUUUAAAUUUUAGACCAGCAUUGUCAGCAUGGUGUAUGCUCAGUCAGAGAUCCUCCAGAAAGAGGUAUAUUUGUUUGAGCGCAUUGACACAGCGGGUAGAGAGACUAUGAAGCAUUUAAACUGUAUUGUAUUUCUGAGGCCCACUAAAGAAAAUGUAGAUCUUCUAGCACAAGAGCUUCGCAUGCCUAAAUAUGGUCUGUACUUCAUAUGUAAGUAAAAAAACUUUGUACAAUACCUGCUACAUGUAUUCUUUGGGUUCAUGGACUGAAAUAAAAGUUUAUCUUAAUAUGGGGUUUGUUGUAUGCUUCUUGCAUCAUUAAUAUAAAUAUUAAAUUUAUUUAUUUUUCUGCUGUUUAAUUUUUUUCCUCCUCAUUUCAACAUUUUAACUAACUGCUCACCAACUUACAUACCUUGUUUUCUCAUUUUAGACUUCAGCAACGUUAUUAGCAAGCAAGAUGUUAAAGUAUUGGCUGAAGCUGAUGAUCAGGAAGUAGUACGGGAAGUGCAGGUAGAACAUGUGAAUUUACCAUUACCUGUUUGGUAAUUUUAAAAGUUAAAGUUAAAACAAUGAAUGUCAGUGCAAUGUUAAAUUAUUGUCUGCAUAGAAUGUCUUUAACUAAGAUUUUUCUUUAGGAAUUUGAAUUUUUUAUCUGCCAAAAAGUUUCUUAUGUCAAAUUUUUAUUCAGGAAUUUUAUGGAGACUAUAUUGCUGUGAAUCCCCAUCUUUUUUCUCUAAACUUGAGUGGAUGUUGCCAAGUAAGAAAACUAUAUUUCAAAUUAACAUAAGGUAUUAAUAAAUGGGAAUAAGGGUUUUAUUCAAAUAAUCAAAAAAGUUUUUGUGUGUCUCUAAAAUAAAAAUUUAAAGAAAAUGAAUUGUUUUAUUUAUGAUAAUACUCUUUUCAUGAUGAUUUGAAAUAAAGAUUUGAUAAGAUAGAAGACCUAAUUUCAGCUCAAAAGGGACAUGUUAACUAAAGAAACCAUAACUCUCUCUGAUAACAAUGAAGAAAGUAACAAAACUUUAUUUCAAUAAAAAUUACUUCCAUUAGUUAAUCACUAAUUUUGAAGGGAGAAAAUAUAUUUUAAAAUCUUGAUUGAUGAAGCUGUCAUUUGAAUUUAAUGUGAUCAAGCUCUUCAGAUAUAUUAUUAAUUUUAAUGUGAACAUUUUGAUUUCUAACAGAACCUGACCUGGUCACCACCUUUAUUGUCACGUACAAUACAAGGCCUAGCUUCUGUGCUUCUUUCCCUAAAGAAAUGUCCCAUGAUUCGUUAUCAGAAUUCAUCAGAGAUGGCUCGAAGACUAGCAGACAGUAUUAAGGUAAUUGCAUGUCAUAUAUUUUCAAAUAUUUAAAUGCUUUAUUUGAGUUAGACUAAGACAAUUUUAUAAAUAUUAUUUUUAGGACAUUUUCUAAAUGUGAGAAAUGAAAAUAUAUUUUCGCUACAUGCUUAAACAUUUCUUAAUAAGUGAAUGCAAAAACAUUUAGUGAAGGCAGAAUAUAAAUUAAAAAGUGGGAAAGCAUCAGGUUAAAUUACCUUGGUUGUAAAAAAACAUUUUAACUUUUUAUAACCAGUUUGUAAUUUUAUAAGAACAAAUUAAAGAUAAACAACUGUGUUUUGAUCAACUCAUUCAGCUAUAAACAUUGACAUAUUAAAUUGAUUUAAUUUUCCCUCUUUCCCAGCAAGUCAUAAGUAAAGAAGCAGCUCUGUUUGAAUUCAGAAAAACUGAUGUUGCUCCUGUUCUGCUUAUACUGGACAGAAGAGAUGAUGCGGUCACACCGCUGCUCAAUCAGGUUUGUGGUUUCCAAUUUUUUUUUAAAUUUUUAAAUUUUUUUCCCUUGCUAUGGGUAAAUUGUGGACAAAAAGUGUGUUAGCAGAUUUAAGGUUUCUCUCAUGAAGGGCUGAAAUCAUUUCCAUUUAUUUGGAUCAAUAAAAGUAAAAGAAUCUUAUCUUAUCUUAAAUCACCUAUAUGAUAUCUUAUAUGACAGAUGCUGUCUAAAAUAUUUUUUUUUUAAAAAGAGAAUAUUUAUAAAAUUUUCAAUAUGAUAUUCUGACUACAUGUAUAAAAUUUUAACAUACCAAUAAAAUUUUUCUUUCCUAGCUUCUUCUUUUUCUAUAUCUUAAGGGCCCACGAUCAAUUUAUUGAUCAUUUUGGCUCCUAUGCAUGUAGAUGGGAUUUGCAAUGUUUCUGUUACUGGUGUUGAUGAGGAAAUCAUGCACUAGGGGUUUGAAGGCUUGAGGCAAUAGACACAAGACACAAAUGUGUCUAGUGUUGUCACCUCAACCGUUCCUUUUAAUGUCUUUAGAAGGAGAAAAUGUUUCAAAUAAUUCUUAUCUAGUUCCAUUUCAAUAAUUUUGUCUUAUUAAUUUUUCUUAAAAUGAAAGUUCUUGUAAAUUUCCCUUUCAACAGUGGACAUAUCAGGCGAUGGUGCAUGAAUUGCUCACAAUCAAUAAUAACCGGAUUAACCUGGCCUCAGUGCCUGGAAUCUCUAAGGAUUUGCAGGAAGUUGUUCUAUCUGCUGAGCAUGAUGAGUUUUAUGCAAACGUAAGUUUAGUUUCAAGUCAAUGGAUUUAUAAAAGAGAAAAUUGUGUUGAAAAUGCAACAGCAAUGUGGGUUCUGUAUAAAAGAAAAAGUGAAAAGUUCUGUAAGAUGAGAUUUCUUCCUCUGACUUUGUAAUGAUAGCCAUGUAAAUUUUCAAUUAUUGUUUCCUCCAGUGAGUUUGCAAAGAGAUAAAGUGAUGCCAAAAAAUAAUAUCAACGGAUGUAUUAUUAAAGUAUUAUAUAGCUGGUAUUUAUGUGUAACCUGCACCUCAUUAUGAUUAUUAUUGUUUUCUAAAGAACAUGUACAUGAACUUUGGAGAAAUAGGAUCCAACAUCAAAGAGUUAAUGGAGGAAUUUCAAAAGAAAUCCCAAAGUCAAGCUAAAGUGGAAUCUAUUGCAGAUAUGAAGGUAAUUUUGGCAUUUAAAGAUAAUAAAGACAGUAAUACUUCCUAACCCACUCCAGCCUAUGCAGUUGUAUUUUGUCCUACAAAAAUCCAGCUCCCUAAUGUGUGUAUUUGAUAAGCUCACUCAGGGCAUACUUAGCCCAUUCAAUAAGAUGUUACAUUUAACAGCUAUACUGUCAAGAACAUGGAUUUCUUUUUAAAGAAAUUAAAUGUUUUUAUUUGCUUUCAUACUAAGUUAUGAGAGUUACAAGUUCACAAAGGGUUUCCGAGCUCUUGCAAAAAUUACCAAAAAGCCCAGACAAAAUUAUCAAAUGAAUUGAUGUAGAAUCUAUUGAAAUAAAUGAGGAGAGGGAUAUGUAUGAUCCUAUUAUUGAAGAUAGAUCUGAAUCAGUGAAAGUACAUGGGUAGUUAAUGCUAAUGGCAGGUGACAAUAUUGUUUGCCGUGAGCAUUUGAAAAUGUACUGAUAUUCAACUUCAGAUAUUAUAAUUGAAAGGAUAGUCUAUACCAGUGGUUUCCAAAAUUUUGGAGCCUUUUUUUAAAAUCAGUUUCUAUGUUGGAGCCCCUUUAACCUACCCUAUAGUGGGAUAAUAAUUGUUGGACUGCAUAUGUUUGUUUGCUGAUGAAGGCUCUAAGCCGAAACGUCUAAAUCGUUUGUCCUGUUUAUGCAUUCAAGUUUAGCAUACCUUGUUCUAAUAUUUCCUAUAGCGGGAAAGAGCUGCUGCGGAGGCCUCGAGAAGUUCAUGAGGAGCUCUUAGGUUGGGAACAUGAAGCAUAGGUUGGGAUCAACACUGGCCUUAUGUAAACUUUCGCCAUGUGCGAAGCACCCAUUCAGUGCCCCCUUCCCUGUCCCUGUAUGGCUCCCCUCUUUUUCCGAUUACGAUGUAGGCUGUGGGGCAUGUGUUAUCAUACCAUACAUGUAGCUAACCAUACGCAUUUUAACAUGCACAUUAGUUUAGACUUUUUAGUUUUUCUACGGUACUUCACACUUCACUAUAAUAAUAUAAGGGAAAUUUAAAUAUUUACUGGGGCACAGGUCGCACAUCCUCAAGGCCUGGUUUGUUGGGAUCCACUUGUAUACAUAUAUAUAUUACCAAAUUUUGUUUACUGGUUAUUAAAUUUCAUUCAUUUUUAUUCUUAGCAAAAAUAAAACAAUGUUAGCUUUUCAUUUUUAUAUUUUCUUUUUUUUUUAAUUUCUAAAAAUGUUAAUGUCCCUUUUCUUUAACAUAUGACAACGUUUAUAAGCAAUAUAGGGUAGGGAGGAGCUGAUUAAUGGCUUAUGUCUUGUAAACAGAGCAUGUACAUAGGUACAUCCAAAUAUAAAUCAAGUUAUAUAUAAGCUUACACAUUUUAUAAUUUUUCUAUUUCCAGGCAUUUGUAGAAAAUUACCCACAGUUCAAAAAGAUGUCUGGCACUGUCUCAAAGCAUGUCACCAUAGUAGGAGAGUUGUCUCGCCUAGUUGGGGCACACACUCUGUUGGAGGUUUCAGAGGCUGAGCAGGAGAUAGCGUGUCACAGUGAUCAUUCAGCCCUGUUGCAGGUGCAUUAAAUCAAAACCUUAUAUUCUGAUAGAAAACUUUAGAUGUUGUUAAUUAAUUUAUUUAUGUUGUCAAAAGAUUUCAAAGUGCCCUAUGUUUUCCAAAUAACUUUUUAAUUUUAUAUUCACUGUUAAAAAAAAGGUAUAUAUAUAUAUAUAUUUUUACAUUAUUAAUUAAAUUUUAAAAAGUAAUAUUGUUUUGGUAAUUGAUAAAACUUUUGUUAUUUUUUAGCGCAUUCGAGCUCUCCUGGCUAAUGACAAAGUGCGGCAUAUAGAUAUGCUGAGGCUCGUGAUGUUGUAUGCGUUGCGAUAUGAAAGCCACAGCAACAAUGAUGUGUCUGGUCUUGUUGAAGCCCUCAAACAAAAGGGAGUCUCUGUGGAACAUCGACAGGUAACAUUUACUGGCUAUGUACCUUGUUAUAUGAAAUAAUCUCUUAAAAAAUGUUUCCAGUAUAUUAUCUUAUUUUUUUUAAAUACACGCUAAACUUGCUUAAAUUAUGUGCCUCUUUCAAUUUGCUCAUCAAAUUUUUUCAAACAUCUUUCAAGUUUAGAAAUAAAAUAUAAAAAUCAAAUGAUGGCUAUAUACUUUUCCUUCUGAGAAAAAAAGACAAAGCAUCAUAAACCUUUCCUCAGAGCCAUGACAUGUUGACAGAGAAGGUUGUUUGCCUCUGGAUGAUUCUUUUUUUUUUUUUUGUGGGUUGGGGGGGCACUUUCCAUCCACUUCCUAUACUUUAAAUAGCUUAUUUUUCUCUUUAAAUUGUAGUUUUUGUUUAUUGGGGUAGAAGGAGGGGAAGACUUAUUAAUAUCUAUAUAACCCUAAUCGCUUCCAAUAACAAGGUGAAAACUUUUCCUAACAAUUUUAUGCAUGAUACAGCAUCUCUAUUUUAUUAAGAAAUAUUUUAUUUAUUAAAAGAUAAAAAUAAAUUUACUAUUGGUUUAUUAUUUUAUUAUUAUUAUUUUUUUUUUUUUUUUUUCGAAAUUUAAAAAAAAAUUAUUUCAUUAUAAAUAAAAUUUCAAUAACCGGUUUGUUAAAAUUAAAAACCUUUUUUUUGUUUAUUUUAUGUAUGAUACUGCAUCUCUAUUUUAUUAAUAAAUAUUUUAUUUAUUAAAAGAUAAAAAUAAAUUUACUAUUGGUUUAUUAUUUUAUUAUUAUUAUUUUUUUUUUUUUAUCGAAAUUUAAAAAAAAAUUAUAUCAUGAUAAAUAAAAUUUCAGUAACCGGUUUGUGAAAAUUAACAACCUGUUUUUGGUUUGAAAGCCAAAAACUGGUUGAUUAUGACAUAUUGUCUCCAGUUGGCUGCUUGACUAUCAUGUCAUUGUAAUCUUUCACUAGCUCUGCCCCAUCAACUUUACUGUGUUUGAGUUUAUAAUCCUAAAAUUAUAUCAUAUUUUUUAAGCAGCUGUGUAUUCAUUGAAAUAAAAUUUUGUAAAAUCAUGUACUCUCAUUCUCAUUGCCUGGGUACCUAUAUUAAAACUAAUUGUACCUCAGAUUUUACUUAACAUUAUAACCAACUUUUGAAACUCAUUCUUUCAGAUGGUUCAGGCCAUAUUGGAUUAUGGAGGAAAGAAAGGAAGAGGAAGUGAUUUGUUUGGUAACCAAGAUGCUGUUGCUAUCACCAAAAGGCUGCUUAAAGGUUUAAAGGUAAUAUACUUGAUGUAACUAUUGAUAAAUUAUUUUUUUUAAAAAUAUAGCAGAUGACAUAUUCCUUUUAUUAAAUUUAAACAAUUAAAUUUUUGCAUUGUUUAAUGUCAUUCUGAGUGUUACCAAAACUCUCUCCCCCAUAAAACCUCCCAACAAAGAAGAAACACAAGCAGAAGCAUUUUUCCCUUUGCUAACACUUUAACACUGCUUUCCUGGAACCCUUCAGCUGUGUAAAUACAGUGGAACCCCGCUAUAACGCGAUGAUUGGGGGUCCAUAAAAUCGGAUCGCGUUUAAAGCGGGACUGCGUUAAUGCGCGUUCUUAGCACAGCGGAAAUCCCUUACAUAUUACUAUUUAUAGUUCUACCGGAAGAAAGCCUCGUUUUCUGCAUUAAUUUUGAUACUAGUUUGAACGUGGUGUGUUUAGGGGCUCAUUUUCUACGAUAUUUUGAAAAGUUGUGAUUUUUUUCGCUUUAAAAAAUGGCUUUCCAAGCAAUGGAUAACAUUUUCAAAGAACUUAGGCCUGAUGGAGUAAAUGAAUUUCAAAUUUCGGGAGCCAUGCUACGACCGCGUUAUACCCGAAUUCGCGUUAUGGCGGGGCACGUUAUAGCGGGGUUCCACUGUAUCUUCAUUAAUCAAACAUAUUAUUGGUUCAUAUUUGAAUGGAAGUAAGAGGGAUUUUCUUAUAUUAAAAUGCUUAAAAUAACAUGUCAAAAAAAUACAGUUCUUUUGUUACAUUACAAUAAUCCAUGUAAACGGUUAUCCCACCUUAAAAUGCUGUCAGUGGAAAAAUUCCACUAUUCGGGUUUGCGUAAUCCCUUCAGCGUGUCUUGAUUGUCAAGAAAAUUUUAACUAAAGGUUUUGUUGGAAAGGUUUGAUCGGAAGUUGCAUUUCUGCACAAGAUUUUAUCAUCAGAAUGAUACUAAUUAAUUUAUGCACUUUCUCCUCAGGGUGUUGAGAAUGUGUACACCCAGCACAAACCAUUGCUUUUCACGAUCCUUGAUCAGUUAAUCAAAGGAAAAUUAAAAGAAGCCAGCUACCCCUAUCAGGGCACAGUCCAACUUAAAGACAGGUACAAUGUGGUGCAUGUUAGCCUGGAUGCGAACAGAAAAUUCUACAUUUUUAACCCUUUUAUUACCGCUGGUUUUGGCAUCAAUUUCUGCUGACUUAAAGAAGAAACUUCCGGCAUUAUUUCAUUCUCUAUCCAAUUCGCUUAUUAAUUUCUCUAUAGACUGACGAAUAAAGAAAUAUUUAGCAUUGAAAUAUGACGUCAAAGUGACGUCCUUGGUAUUUCAGAAAAGCUCUUUGCCUUUUUUGUUAUGACGACAAUGUGACGUCCUUGGUAAUUGAAAGUGGGUGAUAGUGACGUCGCGUUGAUGUCAUCGGUAAUGAAAAGGUUAAUGUGUUUAAACAAUUACAGAAAUUAUAUUGAAGUCAGAGUGCAACACCACUAUUUUUAAAGUUAAUCAUCAAGGUGUAAAUAUUAUUUUAUUUUACAAUUCUUGUUUAGUAGUAAGUUGUUACAUUCCCUUUAGCUAGUUUACAUAUUUUAAAGUUCAGAAGAAAAGAAGAAAAAUUUUUUUUUUAUAAUUAAAGUUUUUAAAAAAUAUUAGACUACAAAAGUUUCUGACAAAAUCUCAGGCUUUAUAAAGUUAUUAAAUUUCUAGACAGUUUUAGAGAGUGUCUUAUAAAAAUUAAUUUAAAAAACAACUUUAGUUAAAAUUCACUCUGAUCACAUAAAUAUUGAAAACAUUUGAUGAGUACCCGGUACUUGAUUAGAAUUCCAGGAGACAAGCGACUUAACCACUGUAAAUUCAAUUUGAAUUAAGAAAGAAAAAAAACGAGAAAAAAAAAAACCUCAAAAUAAUAAGGUGGUGUGAUUUUUAUUUUGAAAAUAUUUGUGUUACCAGGCCUCAGGAUGUCAUUGUUUUUAUCAUUGGUGGCUGCACAUAUGAAGAAGCACUAACUGUGCAUAACUUUAACAGAACCAUGCCUGGUGUACGUAUUGUUCUAGGGGGGACGUCUAUACUCAACUCCAAGAGGUUAGUGCAAGAAUGUUGCUGUAUGAAAACCAUGUGUGUGUGUAAAACAUCAGGGGUAAUGAUGCAAUGUGAGUUUUUUUUUAAAAUGUUCACAUUGGUAACUUCUACCUUCAUACUGAUCAUUUUAUCUUAUUUUAAAUUUAACCGAUAAUUUAUUUAGUGUUAUUAAUAUGUGGAAUUUUUAGCAGUGGGAAAUAGUGAUCGGCCGAUAAAUAUUUCCAUAUUUUUUUGUGCUUCAGUUUCCUCCAAGAGGUUUCAAUGGCCGUCAGCAGUCAAGCAUCGACUUUACAGAGUGGACGAGUGGCUAGACCUUGAAAGUGUGAGAUAUACCCAUAAGGCUGUUUGAUUUAUAAAAAUAUGUGCAGUAUUUAUUCAAUGAGUUGAUUAACUAUUGAUAAGAAUUAAUUUAAAAAAUUGUUAAUGACUAAUUGCAUGCUUCCAAAAUAUGGGAUAGUUAGUCUUACAUCAAAGCGCUCAGUCGGGGAGACAGAUUUGACAGAAAUAAUCAUCGGUAAGGAUUACAUUGCAUUAUCAAAAUGAAAAAAAAAAAGAAAAAUAAGAAGGGUCCAAUUCUGUUUUAAGCAUUUAAUUUUAGACUAUUCUUUUCUCAAAGAACCAAAUCAACUAAAUUUUUAACAAUCUCUCAACAAAGAAAAUUAAACGCAAUGUCAGCUGUGCUGAGGAAAAUUAACGGGGUGAUUGGGAAUAAAGUAUUCACUACUUCCCAGUGCAUCAUAAAAAAUGAUUUAAUACAUUUGACAAGGUGUGAAGUCCAAUGGACCAUGUCAGGUGUGUUCAUAGUUUGAAAUUAAAACAAGUAAUGCCGAUGGUGUAAGACUAACACAGCACACUAGACUUUUAGACCAAGCUGUUAAAACUGACACACACGUGUUGGCAUAGAUUAAUACCUGUCAUCGCCAUGUUUUACUUCGGAUGUGAAGGUUUAAAAAACAAAAAAAUGAUUAGGAUAUAUAUUUUGAUGUGCAAUAUUUUCAUGUUAUUAUUGGUUGUUAUUACUAACACUUGAUGGCCCUUACAGUCAGGGCCCUGGCAAGAAAAAUGCUGUGUCCUGGGAAGCCUUGAUUUAGCUCCCCUCUAACAC